AUGGAAGAGUUGAUGAAAAAUUUGUCUAAAAUAAGGAUACCCCAAAAGAACGAUAAAAUAUACAAAGAUGAGUGUGUUUAUUCUUUCGAUAAUCCGGAUUCUUCUACUGGCCUGUAUGUUAAUCUCACCACAUUUCUUGGAUUUGGUCAGGAUCAUGUAGAGCAUUAUUAUCAGUUAACAAAUAAUCCUGUAUUUCUACACAUUAAACGAAGAAGAAAAGAAAUCCCCUCUGAAAAUGAAGGAGAUGGACCUGAAAAGAAAAUUACAAGAUUAGCAAUAGGAACAGCUGAUGGUUUUACACCAGAUAUACAAAAAUAUACUUACCAUGAAACUUACCAAAUCAUUAUUUUACCAAAUUUCACAUCAAUACCUUAUCCAACAGAUGACUUACCACAAGAAGUAGAGCUUUCGAUCAAAGGUGUAUUAGAAGCAGAAGCUGCAACAAAAGCAGCAGAAGUAAAUGCAUUGUCUGGAACUUGGGAUGGAGAAAUAAGAGCAGUUUCAAAACAUGCGGCAAAUCUUAAGCAGUUAGAUACUGGAAAAAAGAUACCUCCAAGUGGAUGGAAAUGCGAGAAAUGUGAUUUGACCCAGAAUCUGUGGCUCAAUCUAACUGAUGGCAGUAUUCUUUGUGGACGUAAAUUUUAUGAUGGAACUGGAGGAAAUGAUCAUGCUGUUGAACAUUAUUGUGCUACCGGUUAUCCUUUAGCUGUGAAGUUAGGGACUAUAACUAAAGAAGGGAAGGGGGAUGUAUUUUCAUAUGACGAAGAUGAUAUAGUGGAGGAUCCGUAUCUGGUAUCUCAUUUAGCUCAUUGGGGUAUUAAUAUUGGUCAAAUGGAGAAAUCUGAUAAAUCUAUGGUGGAGCUUGAAUUAGAUCUUAAUCAAAGAUUUGGUGAAUGGGUUGCACUGCAAGAGGCUGCAAGCAAGUUAACACCUUUGUAUGGACCUGAAUACACAGGACUUGCCAACUUAGGAAAUUCUUGCUAUUUAAAUAGUGUUAUGCAAAUGUUAUUUGUGAUUCCAGAUUUCAUUAAAAGAUUUGUAGAUAAUGCACCGUCAAUAUUUCAGCAAAGUUACAUCGAUCCGGCAAAUGAUUUUAACGUUCAAAUGGCUAAACUUGGGAUUGGUUUACUGUCUGGUAAAUACUCAAUACCACCAAGUACAAAUAAUGAAAAUGAAUCGCGUCAAGGUAUUCCUCCGCGGAUGUUUAAAACGUUAGUUUGCCGUGAACAUCCUGGAUUUUCUACAACCGGACAGCAGGAUGCACAAGAAUUCUUUCUUCACCUUAUAAAUGUUAUCGAUCGUCACAGUCGCCACCAGGCAAAUCCAACCGAAUGUUUCAAAUUUAAAGUGGAAGAAAGGCAUCAAUGCAGUCGUUCUAAUAAGGUAAAAUACACUUAUCGUCCGGAAUACUUACUGCCACUGUCAAUACCUGUAGAGGCUGCAAUAAACAAGGAGGAAGUUGAAGCUUACGAGAAAGCAAAGAAAGAAGCUGAGGCAAAAGGACAGAAAUUAGAUUCGAAUGCAUUUGUCAGACCACGUAUAAAGCUUUCGUCUUGCUUACAAGCGUUUAUUCGGUCUGAAAUAGUAGAACAAUUUUACAGUUCAGCACUGAACGAGAAAACUACUGCACAAAAAACAACUAGACUCGCUACUUUUCCGGAUUAUUUAUUAAUCCACUUGAAAAAAUUCAUGGUAACACGAGAAGAAACCUGGAUACCUGUUAAAUUAGAUGUAGCAGUUGAAAUGCCGGAUAUAUUGGAUUUAAGUUCUCUUCGUGGGUUUGGUUUACAACCAACAGAAGAAUUACUGCCAGAAACAAAUGGUUCUGAACCUUCUCCGCCAGUUUACGAUACCGUGAUAUUGAAUCAGUUAAUAGAUAUGGGAUUUCCACCGGAAGCUUGCAAAAGGGCCCUAUACUUUACGGUGAAUCGUAAUUUAGAAGCAGCUACUAAUUGGCUCAUGGAACACAUUAUGGAUUCCGAUUUUGCGGAGCCGUUUGUACCACCUGGAGUUGACGCAAAAUCAGGAAAAGAAAGAUUUACGCCGAAUGAAGAGGCACUCGCGAUGGUAAUGGGAAUGGGUUUCACAAGAGAACAAGCAACGAAAGCUCUUAAAGCAACUGACAACAAUUUAGAACGUGCAGCAGACUGGAUUUUUAGUCAUCAAGCUGAGUUAGAUAAUUUAGAAGUUGAAGAUGAAUCAGUCCAUUCCGAAGAGACAUUCAGAGAUGGAAAUCACCUAUAUAAAUUAUUGGGAUUUAUAUCUCACAUGGGAACGUCCACAAUGGUAGGACAUUAUGUGUGUCAUCUUUUAAAAGAAGGCCGAUGGGUAAUAUACAAUGAUGACAAGGUUGCGUUAUCUGAAAAUCCACCAAAAGAAUUAGGAUACAUAUAUCUAUAUCAACGCAUUGAUUAGAUCACCCUAUUAUUUUGUAUAAAAAAUGUAUUCUAUUAUACUUUAACAAUAAAAAGUACAAGAAAAGCA